GCGCUCGGUCUGUGCUCUGCCAUCAACUUCACAGUUACAACUAACGCGGAAACUGUCAAGAAAAUCUUCACGAAUCGUGAACAUCCACCUCCAUUUCAACGAUAUUUCCAGCAGGUUGGUUUCAAGAAAUUCGCAUGUCAAUCCAGAAUCUCCAAACUUACGAUCCCUUCUCGGAUGCUUCUAAGGGUACCGAUGAAAUAUCAGCUCAAACCCAACCAAUACACAUCCGCAUACAACAGAGAAAUGGUCGUAAAACUUUGACCACGGUACAAGGAAUCGAAGAAUGCUAUGACAAGAAGAAACUUGUGAAAGCUUUCAAAAAGGAAUUCAACUGCAAUGGAACAGUUGUUGAAAACUCAGAAUAUGGGGAGGUGAUACAGCUACAAGGUGACCAGCGUCAGAAUAUCAGUGAUUUUCUGAGACAGCUGAAACUGGCUAAACCAGACCAGAUACAUAUGCAUGGUUUCUAGAACUUACUCCUUAGCAUUGGGGUUUGCAUAUAUAUAAGUUUACUCUUAUUACCAAGUAAGAUCUAGAAAACAACCACCAAAGUGAAGGCUGAUUCAGAUCUAACUAAGAACACUGUUUUGUGGUAAACUUUAGGACUAAUUAUGUUUACCUUAAAAUCAGAAAUUUCUUUAAAGAUUAAUGUUUGGCUGUGUUCGUGAUGUUGACAGAUAGAAUGUUGAGUAGAUAGUAUCAGUUCCCUAGUGGCUUCUGCUUCUUCAUAUGUUCAGGACAGCCAUGGAAAUACUGUUAAUACUAACCUGUAACUUGGAAAACAUAAGCAAUAAAAAAAAGAAACAUUUACUAGCA